AUGUCAUUAGUAAAAAAUGAGAAAUUCUACUAUGUUGAAAGAGGAUUUCUUUCUCAGCCGGAAAUAUCACCAUCAGAAUAUGCAAGAGCUAAUAAGGAGCUGAGCGGUUCGUUACACCUUAUUACUCAGUUGAGGGCUAAACAGAAGGAAAUUGAUGGCUUGAAGUCACUGGUGGUUGAAUGUUCCGGUGACAAAGACAUGAUUAAUAUGGCGACAGAGGAAAUGAGGCAGGCCAUAGAGGAAGAACGAAGAUUGCAACAUUUGCUGUUGAAGUCCUUACUUCCUAAGGACGGUGCUGAUGAAAGAAACUGCAUUUUGGAGGUCAGAGCAGGCACUGGUGGGGAGAAGGCUUCUUUGUUUGCAAUGGACAUCUUCAAAAUGUACGAAAAGUAUGCUCACAAGAAUGGCUGGAAAUUUGAAGUAGUAGAUAUUGCUCAAUCAGAUCUUAAAGGAUACAAGAGAGUUCCUGUGACAGAAAAAUCAGGACGAGUUCAUUCCAGUGCUGUUUCUGUUGCAAUCCUCCCUCAGGCUGAUGAGGUUGAUGUUCAAUUGAAGAAUGAAGACCUAAAAAUUGAUACCUACAGAUCUAGUGGUUCGGGUGGUCAGCAUGCAAAUACAACAAACAGUGCUGUUAGAACUUCUUAAAUUUAGGGUUGACUACUUCAAAUAACAAAUUAAAAAGGUUGGUGAUAUCUUUUCUUUGUUGGAGUCCGAAACGGUGGAACACUUUCUCUGAAAUUGUAGAAUUGAGGACAGAGCUGCAGAAAAAAGCUUUUCAUCUCAACAAACAAUAACUGUCACUGAAUUACACCGC